AUGUAUUUCAUAUUAUUCAUUUUGUUCAAUAACUUUCUAUUUAUUCAUCCAACUUCUAUUGAACGAAUAAAAGUCCGUGAAAAUGUUAACGUAACAAUGACAUGUCGCUUUAAUUCGGGACAACAUUUAUUAACAACAAAUUAUUUAACAUCUGUUCCAUCUUUAGCAUCGUUUAAUAAAAUAUUCGAUAAUAAUUACUCGGGUAAUAUUAUCCUUUUCUAUAAAGAUGAUAUACAAGUUAUUGGUGUUCAUACAACAUCCAAUGAUCCACAAAAAUAUUUAAUUCGACGAGACAAUUUCUUUACAUAUCAAUUGACGGUACUUAAUGUACAAUUAGAAUCUUCCGGAUUAUAUAAAUGUCAAAAUUUUACAGCAAAAGAAGAAAAUCUUUUUCAACUUAACGUUAUGGUUCCACCUUCUCGCCUUCGUUUGAGUCCAUCGCCGUCGUUACCUGUCGCUGAUGGAACAUCCGUUUUAUUCAAUUGCACUAGUGACCGGGCUUAUCCAAUACCAACAUUUGAAUGGUAUAAAAAUGAUAAAUUAAUUCAGCGUUCAAUCGGUACGAGUAUUCACAAUGAAACAAAUACACCAAGCUUUUCAAGUUCAUCUCUUUUAACACUUGUUCUUUCACCUUUUGAUCAUGAUCAUGUACUACGUUGUCAAGUAACUAAUGAAGCGAGCAUUCAUGAUACAAAUGUUGAACUUAAACUCGAUGUUUUCUUUAAACCCAUUAUCAAUAUAUCUUGGAAUCAAAAACAAUCACCAACAACACUUACUGUAAUUGAGGAUACUAUUGAAACAAUAGAUUGUAUAGUAUCAGCUAAUCCAUCAGCAAUGGCAAAUAUUGAAUGGUUUAAAAAUGACCAAUUAAUUAGAGGAGAAAAUCAAGAGCAAUUAAAAAUUAAUUUUAGUCGAAUGGAAAAUGUACAAAAAUUAAGUUGUCGAGCAAGAAAUACCAUCGGACAAUCUGAAGCAACUGUCAAUGUUGAUAUUCUAUAUAAACCAAAAUUAUCAAUGGCGGAUCGUAUGACAUUGAAUCAAGGUGAAAAACUUAUUUUAAAAUGUUCUAUUGAUUCAAAUCCGUUUUGUCAUCAAAUUCAAUGGUUUCAUAAUGAUAAAUUAAUACAUACACAAGCAUGUUCAUUAAUAAAUCGAACAUAUACAAUAGUUGAAUAUACUAUUCCAAAUGUUUAUCGAAUACAUUCAGGAAAAUAUACGUGUGAAGUUAAAAAUUGGCUUAAUACCGGCUUUGAUAAUCGCCGUGAAGCUACAACACAAAUAUCAACUGAUGUUCGAAUACAAUAUGCUCCAUUUAUUUUAAAUUCAAUUAAAAAAUUAGCUAUUCAAGAGAAUCGUGAUAUAAAAACAGAAUGCUUGGUUGAUGCGUAUCCAAAAGGUGAUAUAGUAUGGUUUGGACCGAGCAGUCAACGAUUAAGUUCAUUUACGGAAGAAAAAAUUCUUAAUGCAACAGUGAUUUCAUCAAUAUUACAUUUACCGCCAUCUUAUCCAUCAAAAUUUGGUUUAUUUCGAUGUUUAGCUAAAAAUGAAUUUGGUCAACAUGAUUUUUCAAUAAAUUUUCAACCGCCAGGUUUACCCGAUCCACCAAAUCAAUUGCAAGCAAUAAAUGUAACUCAUUCGUCAUUUAUUCUUACUUGGCAAACAGCUUACAAUGGUGGCUCAAAUUUAAUCUAUCAUAUUAGUCUUAAUGGUAAUCGUACAGAAGAAAGACAAACAACUUUAAAUUCAAUAAGAUUUACCGAUCUGCAUGAAAAAUCUCGGUAUUAUGCAAAAAUUCGUACGAAAAAUGAUCAUGGCUUUAGUGAUUAUUCAAGUACAUUGGUUAUUAUAACCAAUGAAUAUCCAUUUCAUGCCGAAGAAUUUCCUCGGAUUGAACGUGCUUCUUAUACAACUGAUGGUCGUCGAAUACAUUUUGACUUGAGUCAACCACGUUCAUCAUCGAUUUCGAGAGAUCAAUUAUGUCUACAACAUUAUCAUAUGACAUUUUCAAGUAUUGAAACUACAAAUGAUUUACCAUCUUGUAUUCCAUUGAAUUCUUUACAACAAUCAAACAAUGAAAUUGAAAUAGCAAUUGAUCAAGCGAAUAUACAUUUAAAAUUGUGUUUAAUAAAUCAAACUGAUAUUUGUACAAAAUCUAUACCAAUACCGACUGGUGUAGCUCUAUCGAAUGAUUCAUCGGAAUUAGUUUUAAUUCUAAUUGGAGCUAUAUUAGGUUUGUGUGCUGUUGCUGCAUUAAUUGGACUAUUUAUUUGUAUACAACAACGACGACGUAGAAGAAAAUCUAAACAUUCUUCAAUGGAAACCAUAAAAUCAAGUUCAAAUGGGCAUCAAACAGAUAAUUUUCAUGCAACACCUGUACGAGUUGUUGAUACGAAUGCUUGUUUGUAUUAUCCAGCACAAACUUCAACAGUCAAUGAAAUGCGACCGAACGGAACACUGUUGUAUAAUUCAGAAAUGCCCAAUGGUAUAUAUUCAAUUCAAGAAAAGAAAAAUUCUAUGUGUUUUGAUUCCGGUAUGCCAUCGACAACUUCAAAUAAUUCAGAUUCGGCUUGUUCACAAGCAUUUUCAUCAUCGGAUAUUGACGGACAAAUAAUGAAUGCCUAUUUUGAUCGUUCCGACGGUGAACUUCUUGUUAAUGGACGAUUAAUGGCAAAAAAUAAUCAUUUACCUGAUAUACAACAAUUAUUUUUAACGAAAUAUAAUGGAGCAACUGAUAUACCAUCAUAUAAAAUUGCGACUCGAGAAGAUAAUCAUUUAAAUUUAACAUCACAUGGUAGAAUAUCAUCCGAAGAAGAAAGUGGUUUUUCUACUCCAACAAAAUCUCAUAACGGGAAAAAGCUUGUCUACGAAGUUGUUGUGUGA